AAGAAGCGGCGAUUCUUUUGAGGUGUGAGACUACAGAAGAAAAUUGUUUUACAAUGGGAGAAAAUGAAUCUAAAAUUAACUACGAAACAGUUGACAGAACAGAUCCCAGCGCGCGUGCACAAGGCCAGAGGAGGGCUCAAGAGGAAAACGAUGAAAGAAUGAGAGAGUUGCGUGACAAGAUGGAAAAAGACCGCGAGCAAGCAUUACGCGAGGCGAAGGAACGUGCCUUGUGCGAAGACGAGGCUCAGAGGAUGUGGUUAGAUAAAAAACGACGUGAAAGAGAAGAAAAUGCAAGGAGAUGGAAAGAGGAAAAGGCGUUCCUUCAACUCAAACACGAUCUUAUGAUUUACGACUUUCAGAUUUGCCCAAGGAUCAAGAAAGAAUCUUUCACAGGUCUGCCGGUGGACGACGUUGAUCUGAUUCGCAUUGCUUUGAUCGGGCCUUCGGGUUCUGGGAAAACUAGUUUUAUAGGUACUUUGCAGCGAGCCCUCGGAGAUGCCGAACAGAGUGCCUUUGAACAAAGCACGGGAAGUGAAGGAACUAUUUUGCUUGAGGAAUACUUAGUGCACAAGAAGAUUCGGAUGAUUGACACCAGAGGGUUUUUUGAGAGUGACGAAAAACUCCUGGAUGAGUGUCUGAGGAUCAUGUCGGGAAGAAUCCGUCUAGGAGAAUUAAUUUUGCGAAAUUGUGACGGAGCCAAUGCAGCAGCCAAUCAAGAGCCCACCGGUCCAGUGAGAGGUGCACAACAUCUUUCAAAAUGCCUACAUGCUGUUGUGUUUGUUGUUAAAGCAAACGAUCCGCGUUUGAAAGACGGCAAAUACAAGGAAACUCUGAAGAAAAUCAGAGAGCAUUUCAGAGAAGAUGGUUAUGCUCCUGUGACUGUAAUCACCUACCUGGACAAGCUUAACGAUAAGGAGGACAAGGAUGAAGCUUUUGACCAGGCCUCCUGGGCGACCGGUAGCUCCAGUGAGAAGACCUAUUUCAUUGCAAAUUACACGCACGCUAAAGAUAAGAAGUCUGAUGCUGUAGAUCGAGCCGCCCUUGACAUCUUGGAUUCUGUUUUGUUGUCUGCCGAGAGGUUUAUCAGAAUCCGUAAACAGCGAGAGAAAAAUAAGAUGGAGAGAGAUGUGAUGGCAGGAGGACCAUCCCUUAGUGGGGAAACCAUUGAGCAGUUCUUGGCCCGUCUGCAGCAUAAACACCACUGGUCUGACCAGGGUAAGAUGAAAACUUUGAGGGAACACCUGAAGAAAGAAGAGAUCAACACUCUAGCGGUGCUGAAGGAAAUGUGGGAAGAUAUCAAGUCGAGUCUGCCAUUGUCCAUUGGAAUGAAGAUAGUCUUGGAGGAGGAGAUGCAGAGCUUGUGAAAGGCAUUGAUUGGGAUUGAAAGGGAUUGAUUGAUUUAGUUUAGGUCAUUUAAAAAAUGGUCGAAGACUUGCGCAAAAAAAAAAUAUGUAACCAGAUUGGGUAGAUUUCUGAUUGCAUUUUUUUAAAAAUUUUUUUUUUGGAAAAUCUGCGGCACAAGGGUUUCUUUGCCCACGAAAAAGUCCUAGGUCUUAAGCAAAGUGAGCUGGGGAGAGGUCUGUUAGGGAUUUGGCACUAACUGGUCCUUAGUAUCAGAGAAAGAUUCCCAGCAGGGUCUAACUGAGCUAAAUUGAGCUAUAUUCAUCGAGGUCCAGCUCGCUCCGCGGAAGAAAAAACGUUUGUGCCACAGUCCUAAUGAAAAGGGCCUGCUAUCAGAACAUAGUUUGCUUUUUCCAUGUUUUCUGGGAACUAUAUUUCAUAUAUUAGUGUUGUUUAUGUAUUGUGUUCUUCAAAAGCCAUUCGAUAAGAAAGAUGGCCAGAAAACGAAUGUCGCUAGGUGAAAACGAAGGAAUCUUUGUUUUCAACAUAUCAACUGCGAUAAACUGCAAGGGCCUGUUAUUUAAACAAAGUUUAGCCGUUGUUUAACAAAACUGCGCUCUAAGUCAUCUUGAAUUUAGCCAAACCUUUUAUAUGAACUUUUGUUUUUUUGAGAACAGCGUCAAAGGGGCGGAAAGCUUAUAGUGGAAGCACUUUUAAUUCAAUGAAUCAACCCUAUUAAAGGGAAUCUCAGAGGCCCAGUGCUGGCGUGAAACCACGGUUUGGGUCAGACCCCGUGGAAAUAGCCGGCCCUGACAGCUUUGUUCAACAGAAAAUAAAAAAAAAAGUUGUAUGCUUCGUUAAACGCCAUUAAAAAGAGAUGA